AAAAUGGAUUUUGUUAUCGUAGUUUUAUCUGCAUCGCAAUAAUAUUAAGAGAGGCAACCACAAACUGCACCGCUCUGGCAGAUAGAGAUUAAUUAUAGACAGAUAUUUGCCGUAUGACGUCAGUGCCAAUACACUCCACAUCAUCAACAGGUACGCCCAAACCGGAUAUUCCAGAGGAUGGCGUCCUGCGCUACUACACCAUGCGCUUCUGCCCCUACUCGCAGCGCGCCCACCUGAUCCUGGCCGCCAAGAAGAUCCCCCAUCACACGGUUUAUAUUGAUUUGAGCGAGAAGCCCGAGUGGUACACCGACUACAGUCCUCUGGGCAAGGUGCCGGCCAUCCAGUUGCCCCACCUGCCGGGCCAGCCGACGCUGGUGGAGUCUCUGGUGAUUGCCGAGUACCUGGAUGAGGAGUUUGCAGGAGUGCGCUCCCUCUUUCCCAAGGAUCCGCUGCAAAAGGCCCUGGACAGGAUCCUCAUUGAGCGACUGUCGCCCGCUGUCAGUGCCAUCUAUCCGGUGUUCUUCACCACAAACCCACCCGAGGAUGCACUGAAGAACUUUGAGACCGCUUUGGAUGUGUUCGAGGUGGAGAUCACCAAGCGCGGAACGCCCUACUUUGGCGGCGAUCAAAUUGGCAUUGUGGAUUACAUGAUCUGGCCGUGGUUCGAGCGGUUCCCCGCCCUCAAGUACACGCUGGCCGAGCCAUACGAGCUGGACUCAAAGCGCUAUCCGAAUCUGUUGAAUUGGCGCCUCCUGGUGGCUCAGGACGAGGCUGUCAAGGCGACUGCACUGGAUGCCAAAGUGCAUGCCAAGUUUAUGCGCACCCGUCACGAGGGCAAGACCAACUACGACUUGGCAUUCGAGCCCUUGUGAAGGAAGUUCCGACGGGAAGUAGCUUGCUCCAGCAAACCGCAG